AUGUCGUCAAAGAAAAUCACGAUUGGAAACUAUUUACUUCGACGUUUAAAAGAUCUAGGCGUCGAUAUAAUCUUCGGUGUACCUGGUGACUAUAAUUUACCGUUUCUUGAUCAAAUUGAAGAUUUCGGUAGCAUUCAAUGGGGUAACAAUUGUAACGAAUUAAACGCGUCCUAUGCAGCAGAUGGCUAUGCACGUAUUCGAGGCAUCGGAGCAAUUGUAACAACAUUUGGUGUUGGAGAAUUGUCUGCUAUUAAUGGCAUUGCUGGUUCUUAUGCUGAAAUGGUUCCAGUUGUGCAUAUUGUUGGCACGCCACCAACAGCUUCUCAAGCAAGUGGGGCUAUUCUUCACCAUACAUUAGGCAACGGAGAUUUUCGUGCAUUCGCAAACAUGUACAAGGAAGUGACAAUUGCUCAAGCCAAUUUAACAAAGACAAACGCUGUCGAAGAAAUUGAUCGUGUUCUUACCCAAUGUUUGAUGAAGGGUCGUCCAGUUUAUAUCGGCUUAGCAGUUGAUCUUAGCGAUUAUGAGCUUAACAUCGACCCAGCGGAAAUCAAACCAUUGAAUUUGGCUACGCAACGCAAUCCGAAAGACGAACAUGAAGCGGCUCUUGAAGCAAUUAUUGAUAUUGCUAAACGAGCGCAAAACGCCGUGGUUAUUGUUGAUGCCUGUGCGAUUCGACAUGAAAUGAUGAAGAAAGUUUUAACUUUUCUUGAUCGUACGAAAUUACCUGUUUACGUAACACCGAUGGCCAAAGGUGGUAUCGAUGAGAACCAUCCCCAAUUUCGCGGUGUAUUUUCCGGUAAUUGUUCAACCGAACAAGUUCAAAAGGAGAUUUACGAUGCCGAUCUCAUUCUUUCAAUCGGAUCGAUGAACAGUGAUUUCAAUACCGGUGGAUUUACCUAUCGUUUAUCUCGAAAGAAAACAAUCGAAUUUCACACCUAUCAUACGAAAAUCUUUCAUGCUAUCUACGACAAAGUUGACAUGCGUCAGUUAUUACCCGACUUAACCGAACAAUGGCCAGCGGAGUUGGUCCGCGAUAACAAGAAUCUCAAACCGUUUGAAAUCCCACCACCUGCAUUAGAUGCAAAAUCGGACGCUAUUGUCCAUGAAUAUUUCUGGAAUAAAUUAUCAGACCUCAUUCCCGAGAACUCCAUAAUUGUCGCUGAAACGGGUACAUCCGAAUUCGGUAUUUUCAAUAUGCGCGCACCGAAAGGCGCAACAUUUUUAACGCAGAUUCUAUGGGGUUCGAUUGGUUAUUCUGUCGGUGCAGCAUUAGGUGCAUCGUUGGCAGGAAAGAAGGACAAUCGACGUGUUUUCGUCUUCGUUGGAGACGGUUCGUUUCAACUUGUUUGCCAAGAAAUUUCUUCGAUGUUACGUUUUCAAAGCAAUCUAGUUCUCUUAUUAUUGAAUAACGACGGUUAUACAAUCGAGAAAUUGAUUCAUGGACCUGAUCGUGCUUACAAUAACAUUCAAAUGUGGCGUUAUCAUAAAAGCUUCGAAUACUUCGGUAAUGGUUUAAAACAAAAUCGUCCGCAGGCAACAACAGGUUUCGCUGGUCAAGUCAAAACACGUGAUGAAUUCGAAAAAGCCAUGCAACAAGCUGUUCAAGAAACAGAGAAACUCCACUUUCUCGAAGUCGUUAUGCCACCGAUGGAUGCACCGCAAAGUUUAGUCCUUACAAUUGAAGGCACUCGAGAAUACAAGCGACGCGAGCGUGAAGGUCAAGAAUAG